AACAAGACGGAACAUUCAUAGGAAACUUCGUUGUCAGAAGAGAAAUGGUCCUCCUGAUAUCAUAACCACAAAGUUCUGGCGAUAAGCUUUAGCAGUUGCAGUGGUACUGAAACAAAUUAAAAAGGAAAAAAAAGAAAAAAAGGGAAAGCUUUAGUGGGGAUUUUGAGCAGUUCUUCCUUGACUUUCAGAGAAUGGACUUCUGGAUAUAUCAAGGGUGGAAUUUGGACUAGGACAUGGUCUCCAAUUCUGUGGUUCUGAUUAGCACACAACCUUCUUCUUUAUAUAUAUCUUGCAUUCUAAGACUUGCCUUUACUGCGUCCUUAACAUAUUUAGCCAUCUCAGGUUGAUGUUCUUUACUUGUGUAAUGAAUCCUCGGAAUUUCUAUAUCUUCACUCUUCUGUACUUGUUCUCUGCUUUUGAAUCCAUAAGCUGUGCUUCUUCUUCCUCGGAUAAAAUUGUUCUCAACUGCGGAUCAGCUGGGUCCUUUUCAUUUAAUGGAAAAACCUGGACUGGCGAUGUAGGCUCCAAGUUCUUGCCUGCUGAGUCUCGGGGAAGUACUAUUUCUGUAGCUUCAACACUGAAUAAUCAUCAAGUUCCUAAGAUUCCAUACUCUACUGCUCGCUUCUUUCGUUCUCAUUUCACCUAUUCUUUUCCUCUUUCCCCUGGCUUCAAAUACAUUCGCCUUCACUUCUAUCCGGCUUCCUAUUCCAUCCUAAAAGGCAAAACCCACGUUGAUUUCACUGUAGUCUCAGGUCCUUACACUCUGCUGAACAGCUUCAGCCCUUCUUUUAUGUCGGACGCUUUGGAAUUAGUUUACUUCUCUAAAGUUUUUGUCAUUAACUUGAAGGAGAACCUUUUGAAUCUCUCUUUUAUCCCAUCACCUGGAGCUUAUGCCUUCGUCAAUGGUAUAGAAAUUCAGAACUUCCCGACCAAUUUCUAUAAUUACACUGAUAAUCAUUUAUCUCUUUACCAUGAGCCAGCCUUUCAGAUGCUUCAUAGAGUCGAAGUGGGUUCUUCGGGACACCCGGACUGGAUGGAUGACUCCAACUAUAUACUGGGUUCUAUGAGUGGCACUGUAAUUUUUGGCCCAUACGGGAUCAAACGGGCACCUUGGAACAUGUCGGAAUAUGCCGUUUCCGAAAAUUUCUAUCUAUCAGCUCGGACGAUGGGCAGUGAUGAUGCCAUUAACAUGAGCUACAACCUGACUUGGACAUUCCUUGUAGAUUCUGGUUUCAAAUAUCUUGUUAGGCUUCAUCUUUGUGAGAUUUCACAUGAGAUUACAGGGGUGAAUCAGAGAGUGUUCACUGUCUUUAUUAACAACAAGACGGCAGAGAACAGCUUGGAUGUAAUUGCUUUGGCUGGUGCACCAUUAGUGGCAAUUUACAGAGACUACAUUGUUGCGGUUCCAAAAGGGAUAGGAGGGAGGCAGCAACUCUGGCUAGCCCUGCAUCCGAACCCGGAAUCAAAUCCCAUGUUCAAGAAUGCGAUACUAAAUGGAGUGGAGAUCAUCAAAGUUAGCGAUGAGAAUAACAAUCUUGCUCUGCACUUUGAACCAAGAAUCGGAGAAAGAAAGAAGAUUCGACUUAGUGUCAUCCUUGGAGCGGUGUUAGGAUGCUUUGGUGGAAUAUUUCUAUUUUUCUUGGCUGCAUACCAGUGGAAAAAAAGGAAUUCUUGCUGUUACAAAGUUUCACAACUUCGCCCAGUAUCCCGUGACCCCAAGAAAUCAAACAUGGCAGUGCUAAGAUCAGCGUCGAUCUGCUGCCAAUUCACAUUAGCAGAUAUAAGAGUAGCCACCAGCAAUUUCAGUGAAGCGCAUGUGGUUGGUGUGGGUGGUUUCGGUAAGGUUUACAAAGGUUCCAUAGACGGCGGAGUUACCCAAGUUGCCAUCAAGCGAAAAAGUCCGGAGUCCCACCAAGGGGUACAAGAGUUUCAAACUGAAAUUGAUUUGCUCUCAACAUUUCGUCACUUGAACUUGGUUUCCCUACUUGGCUUCUGCCAAGAGAACAGUGAACUCAUUCUCGUCUACGAUUACAUGGCCCGUGGAACUCUCCGUGAUCAUCUCUACAAGAGAUGCCAUCCACCCUUAUCAUGGAAUCAGAGGCUCAAGAUUUGCAUAGGUGCUGCUCGGGGAAUCCACUAUCUUCAUACCGGCACAAAACAUUCAAUCAUACACCGUGACAUCAAGUCCACCAAUAUUUUGUUGGAUGAGGACAUGGUAGCCAAGGUCUCGGAUUUCGGGCUGUCGAGGUUAGCACCCACUACAGGAUCAAGCAGUUGCGUAAACACCGAGGUGAAGGGUACUAUAGGAUACCUGGAUCCUGAAUACUAUCGAAGUAGAAAACUAAGUAAGAAAUCAGAUGUUUACUCUUUUGGCGUGGUGUUGCUUGAAGUGCUAUGUGCAAGACCAUUGGUGGUGGAGGAAGAGGAAUACAAGGUUAGCUUGGCCGAAUGGGCCUUACGUUCCCAUCGAAGUGGUAACACUGGCUGCAUUAUCGAUCCAUUUCUAAGAGGAAAAAUUGAUUCUCAGUCUCUCAUCACAUUCAUAGAAAUUACAGUAAAGUGCUUGGCUGAUCGACGAACACAAAGGCCAUCCAUGGGAGAUGUGCUCCACAGUCUCGAAUUGUCAUUGCACCUACAAGAUAACACCGAUGCUAGGGUGGAUUUAGAAGAUCAGCAAGUGCUGUGACACUAACUGUUGUUUUUUAAGAAAAUCAAACUUCAUUAAUAAAGUAAGUAGCCCAAGGUCAUUAUAAUA